GGUUCAAUAACCCAAGUAUGGAAUGGGGGAGGUGUUCCGCCACUAUUUCCCUACCGAAUCUAUGACGAGGCCCAGGGUUGUAUCUUUCUCCUCUCGACUUGACCAUCACCUGACCAAAAGCUGACUAAGGAGAGAAUACAUGGAUCUGGGGAAAUGCGACGAAUCCCCCGUGACUUAGGAUUGUCAACGUCAUACAUUUCUUCUUCUUCUAUCUUCAUGAGGGGUUUUCGCAUACACACUCUCUAUAAUUAUAAUUAUACCCGUCGGUUUUCAUCCCAUCCGGCCAGAAUGUCCCGCAGCUAUGAGGCUGCAAUUGCAGCAUUGAAUUCGCUGCAGACAAACUUCGCAGUUGUACAACAGCUGAGGGAGUCGGGAGACCGGCGGCAAAUGAAUCUAAGGUCUCUCCCGGAGACCAUUGAGUGGCUCCGACGCAUUGGAUACCAGCCUUCCGAUCUGAACCGUCUUAAUCCUGUACACGUUGCUGGUACCAAGGGCAAGGGUUCGACGUCCGCUUUCAUCUCCUCCAUCCUAUCUCAAUACACUUCCCCGGUGCCCUCAGACUCAAAAGAUUCCACGCCAUGUCUUAAAAACAUCGGCCUCUAUACAUCUCCUCACUUACGAUUUGCCCGAGAGCGCAUUCAAAUUAACGGUGCACCGCUCUCCGAAGAAAAAUUUGCCCGGUACUUCUUCGAAGUCUGGGACCGGCUUGAAGAAGCGGCUCGGGUGGCCGGCGAGAACCCGGAAGAACUACGAACGAAGCCGCAGUAUUUCCGAUACCUGACUCUUAUGGCAUUUCAUACGUAUCUGAGUGAAGGUGUAGAUGCUGCAGUGAUAGAGUGUGGCAUCGGUGGAGAGUACGACUGCACGAACAUACUCGAGCGGCCUGCCGCGACUGCGAUCACUAGCUUAGGCAUUGACCAUACUGCUAUGCUGGGAACAACGAUUGAAGAGAUUGCCUGGCAUAAGGGUGGUAUUAUAAAGCCUGGAGUCAAAGGCUUCAGUGCUCCCCAGGCUGCUAGUGCCGAAAAGGUUCUAUACGACCGUGCAGCGGAUAAGGGAACUCAAUUAGAAAUCAUUGCAGGUCAUCCGGAGCUAACCAGUGGUAGCAAUGUCAAGCUUGGGUUGGCCGGUGAUUUCCAACGCACAAACGCAGCUCUAGCGAUCGCAACGGCCGCCGAGUUUCUUAAGAAAACCGGGCUCGAAGACAUUCCAGAUGAUUUUAUGAAGAAGCCUCUGCCUGCUAAAUUCCGCAAGGGAUUGGAAUUGGCUCGGUUAGGUGGGCGCUGUGAGACCCGGCAUGAAAAGAAUGUCACCUGGUUCAUCGACGGUGGUCAUACUCUAGAGAGUAUCAAGCUGGCUGGUCAAUGGUUCACCUCCCAAAUACAUGCGAAUUCCUCAUCUGGUGCGGUGGCAAAUAAAAGGCUGCGCGUCUUGAUCUUCAAUCAGCAAACUCGUGAUAGCAAUGCCCUCGCCCAAGCCCUCUAUGACACCCUCGCUGCAGCUCUUGGGUCCGAGCAGCCUUUUACUCACGCGAUUUUCUGUACCAAUGUAACCUAUAAAGCAGCAGGUUAUCGACCCGACCUCGUAAGCAUGAACACAAGCGCAUCUGAGGUGGAAAAAUUACAGGUCCAGAACAGCCUUGCAGAGAAAUGGCGCUCGCUUGAUCCACGUGCCGAUGUCAAGGUGUAUAGCACCAUAGAAGAAGCUGUUGACUUCACCCGAGACUUGGCCGCGAAGGAACGAGAACGUUCAGAUAUUGAUGAAACACCCAUCAUGACCUUUGUCACGGGCAGUUUACAUCUUGUUGGCGGUUUCCUGGAUGUAAUCGAGACCAAGCCUGGCCCACAAUGAGGGGAUACGUCUGUGAAAUUUUCUUAUUUUUGCGAUUCGCUAGCACGUAAAAUUGGGCAUCUGGACAUCAAUACUCGUCUAUGCCAUGUUCUCAACAACAUACUCAAUGAUACCCAGAAGGGCUGCUAGUCCUUUUCAUGUUAGCAUGUGGGAUGGUAUAGAUUUUGGAGAGGCGUUUAUCUUGGGAUUCAACAAACCUCGAAUUCAGUUCAUUUAUUGACUUAGCAAAUACAGGAUAGCCUGGAGAAUAGUGGAAAAAACCAAUUGGACUCUUUUGUCUCAGUGUAUGUAUUGAUUUGCCG